AUGACUUCUCCUACAAACGAAGGAAGUGAUACAGCCAAUAGUGCCCUCAAAAAUGCUGAAACUGAGGCUCAAAAUGACUGUAACACAGACAUAGAGCCUUCAGCCGUUGACUCCAGUAUGAUAUCUGAGGUAGAAAGCAACCCAGCACAUGUGGAGUCAACUGCAUCAGCCUCUCAGGAGAAUGCUGUUUCUCAAGCAGAAGACAAUGAGCUUAAACCAGAGAAGAUUCAGAAGAAUCCUCAAAAAGAAGAUAUCAAUGAAAGGGCUCUUCUAGUUCCGGUCCCAAUUCCUAGAAAAUGGGGCUUUCUUAUCUCAGGAUUAGGGAGAGAGAAACAUCUGAAUGUCCCUCCACUAAGAAUUGUUAAAAGCAAUUUCUUUGUCAAUAGGCCAAAAUUCUACUCAGGGGACAUGGAGAUGGACAAAAAUGACAACUGUCAUAGCACCAUCAAUUGCAGGAUUCCUUUCCACCAUUCAAUCCCAUGGAGAAUCCCAUUCAUUAACAAUUGUGAGAUAAAGCGAAUGAUUCUCCGUACAUUCUGUGGGAGGAAUCUCUCUCAGAUCACAAGUAGUCAAAGUACCAUGUGUGUGAAGCAAAAGUACAUGGCAGUUGUUCCUCGCCCAAACAUCCUCACCCACGGUGAAGGAGACAUAGUGUUUAGAAGGCAUUCAAGGGUGUACCCCAUUGAGAGAAUGACAUCCAGAAAGUUUUAUAUAACAAGUGAUACCAAAGUAAACAGUGAAUAUCACACUGUUGCAAGGCCCAUGUUCUAUGCCCCACGAAUCUACAUUGAAAACACCUUUAGAAAAUCUUUUGAGGAUUAUUUGCAACGUCACCAUAACAUCAGGGCUGUGAUCGUAAGCAAUAAUGGAUGGAAAUAUGUGUGUCCUAUUUGUGGGAAUAUUUUCAACAAUUUGGUUGACAUUAGACAACAUUCCUGCAGUUUUCCUGGUAAUUAA